AUGGAUGUUUCUUAUAUUCAUAGUCCUCCUCCUCCUCCUACUCCUUCCCCUCCUCCUCUUCCUCCUCUCCCUCCUCCGCCUCCUCCUCCUCUUCCUCCUCCUCCUCACUCCUCCUCCUCCUCCUCCUCCUCAACUAUCGCAGGAUCCCUUGAAGAGGACGAACGUCAUUUACAGAUACACGUGCCCAAUCCUGUAGGGAUGCCUCGGAACCUUACAAUCGGGAUGACGUUCAAUGCGCCUGCCUACAUCUCCUUCCGCUCCAAGAGGAUCUCCUGUCACGCGCAGGAAGAGCAGCCCGUAACCCAGGUGGUGAGUCCUUCGCUAUAUAUCAUGGCUUUGCGGGCGCUCACAGAUGCUCCUGCCCAGGACGGGACCAAUAUUGAAGAGGUUGGAAUAAAUACCAGGAGUUACGUCACCACGGUCGCAGCCAAUAAAAACCCGGCUCCUGGUGACGCAACACACCUGAGAAGAUCAACGCGUCUCGAGAGUUUCCGACGCUUGGCCGCCAGCCAAUGA